GAAAAAAAAAAAGGCACGCGGAGUCAGAAGAAUCCUCUGCUCUAAAACUGAAAGCGAUUUCCUGUUGCAUCUCCAUUACGAUUCCCAAUCGAAACUAAUUUUGAAUCCCGUUGUUCUAUUCUGUUGCUCCUCGUCGUCGCCGUCGCUGUAUCUGUGGAGCGUCGUAAGUAGUUUCUUGACGAAGUGGAAGAGGUUGCGGAAAAUGUUGUGUAGGAUCGUGACAGUGUCGAGCAAGAAAAAGACUGGCGCUGUUCCGGUUUAUCUUAAUGUUUAUGAUUUAACGCCGAUCAAUGGAUAUGCAUAUUGGUUCGGCCUUGGUGUCUACCAUUCCGGCGUACAAGUUCAUGGAGUUGAAUAUGCGUUUGGAGCACACGAGCAUUCGACUACAGGAAUCUUCGAAGUAGAGCCAAAACAGUGUCCAGGAUUCACAUACAGAAAAUCAAUUUUGAUAGGGAGAACGAAUCUCAGUCCCAGAGAGAUUCGAUCGUUCAUGGAGAAACUGGCGGAAGAGUACUCUGGAAACACUUAUCAUCUCAUCAUGAGGAACUGUAACCAUUUCUGCAACGAUGUUUGUCUCAGAUUGACAGGAAAACCAAUCCCCAGAUGGGUCAAUCGUCUCGCCCGACUUGGUUUUCUGUGCAACUGUGUUCUGCCAGUGGGAUUGAAUGAAAUGAAGGUCGGUCAAAUGAAACCAGAGAAGAAGAAACUAAGAAGCCAAUCGAGUAGAUACCCAUCUGGUUCAAAUUCUGCAGCUGCAACCCCUCCAUUGAAUUCAAAAGCUUCUAAUUCCAGAGUUAGAACAAGUAAACAAACUCACUCUCCUCCACCUUCAUCUUCUCUUUUGCUAUCUUCAACCUCCUCCACCUUCCUGUUGAAGCUUUAGUGCAUGCAUGUGUUUGGAUUCCCAUAUCUUCUACCGUUUUCAAAAUUUCAUGUUCAAAAAUAGGUAUAUAUCUUAUAUGUCUUUGCCGAUUGUUUUAUUGGUUAUGAAAAUGUUUGGAAUCGAUGUAGUUUCAUCCCUUUUGGGGUUUUUUACAA